AUGAGAAAAGAUCUUGUUGGAAUUGAAGAAGGGCCGAACGGUUUUUUAACAGACAUUUUCCACCCUGUUUUCGCUGUUACCCCAUCAAGGCGAUGCAUUGUCGUCAAGGAAGAUUUGUUGUGCAAUGGAGAAGGCAAUUGUCGACGCAAAUGUGGAGGUAUUGGAGCCUGCAUUCCAGAUUGUCCAAAGAAAAAUGAAAGAGCAAAAAUGGGUCAUCGUUGUUCAUUUAAAGUUUUGCUCACAAUGCAUUCUGACCGGAUAGGAACUUGGGAAGUGAAGUCAAUAGGUUCUCACAUUGAACCAGAAGAUUUCUGGGUACCCCCAGUAAAGAAACUAAGAGAACGAAAGUGCCAAUCAAAAGUUCUCAAACUCCCUCGAAAAAGUAUAAAGAAUAAACCCGUGUUUUCAUCUUCACCUCGAAAUGAACGACCUUUAAAACAACAAUUAAAUCAUCAUAUUUCUUCACCAAGAAAAAAAAACACGGAUUUGUUGAUGCAAGAAGCAUUGUUUGAUCGACAACCAGAUUUACUAGAGGACAAUAUUAAUACACUUACGCAACAAGAUAACAAUGGUGUACAAAUAAUUGAACCUCCAAUAAAAGAACCGCCUUUAGAGUUUCAGAACACAGAAAAUAUACCAAACUUUCAUAACCAGGACAAUCUACCAGAGUUUUCUCAAGAUGGACAACAAAACCUUGCUGAUUUUCACCAACCUUUAAAUUAUGAAUAUCUUCCUGAUGGUGGUGGUGGUGGAUACACAAACUGGACAUCUAUUGAAAUCCAACUCUCCAAUAACAUUUUGGUUUCAUCAUUCUUCUAA